CCCAUCUGUCAUGCAUCUGCAGCAGUCUUACUAAAUGCACUCUUAUUACAGCCUAUCUAUCCCCCUCCCCUCCUCCACACUAAAUUCACACCAGUACCACUUCAAUACUAGUAACAAGUCCCACAAACACACACUCUCUCUCUCUCUCUCUCUCUAUUACCUCACUCCACUCUGAGCUUCUGAUUCCCUGUAAAAAGCUGCACCCAAGAACACCACCACCAACCUCUGCAACCUGUUCCCUUUCUCUCUCCCUCUCUCUCACUCACACACACACACACACUAGAAUGGGUCUAAAGCUAAUGUCACUUCUCUGCAAGGCCAAUAUCUUACUCUGUGCUCUCUUUGUAGAAGCACUUGUCUCCUCAGCUGCAGUUUCAGAUUCCUCUAACUCUUUGGACCUCAGCUCAGAUUUUUACUCCCUCUCAUGCCCAAAUGUGGAGCUGCUUGUGAAGGAAACAGUGAGCUCAGCUUCCUCCUUUGACCCCACAUUGCCAGGAAAGCUUCUGAGGCUUCUCUUCCAUGAUUGUGUUGUUGAGGGUUGUGAUGGGUCGGUGUUGAUACAAGGGAACGGGACGGAGAGGAGCGAUCCGGCGAACAAGUCGCUGGGCGGGUUCGAGGUGGUGGAGUCGGCGAAGCGGCUGCUCGAGGUGCUGUGCCCUGCCACCGUCUCCUGCGCAGAUAUUCUGGUCCUGGCUGCAAGAGAUGCAGUAGAAAUUGCAGGAGGACCCCCGGUACGGGUUCCGUUGGGCCGAAAGGACGGCCUGAACUCGUCAGCUUCGAACGUAAGACCCAACAUGGUCGACACGAGCUUCUCACUCGACGAAAUGGUUCGGCUCUUCUCUUCCAAAGGACUCUCACUAGAUGAUCUAGUAAUCCUCUCAGGGGCACACACAAUUGGACUAGCUCACUGCAACGCAUUCAGCGAUCGAUUCAAAGAGGACUCGAAAGGAAAUCUCGUGCCGAUCGAUAGCUCCCUCGAGGAAAGUUACGCGUUGGACUUAGCCAAGAAAUGCAAAGCUGGUGCAAGUUCAAGUGUUACGGUUAGUAAUGACCCUGUCACUGCAUCUUUUUUUGAUAACCAGUACUACAAGAAUCUCCUUGAUGGAAAGGGCCUGUUCCAAUCGGAUUCGGUGCUCAUAAGCGAUUCGAGAACGAAAGGAAAGGUGGAGACAUUUUCCGAGAAUCAGGAUAGCUUCUUCGACGGCUGGGGCGAUUCUUUUGUCAGGCUAUCGAGUGUCGGUGUGAAAACGGGGGACGAAGGUGAGAUUCGCGUUUCGUGUUCUAGCAUGAACGGUUGAUCGACAACUGAGAGAGUUUCUUCAUGUCAAAUGUGGUGCUUAAGUAGUCAACAUGCAAUUUGAUUUGAUCUCUAUUUAAUUUGUUUUUUUUUGUGUGUGCAUGGAUUGUAGAGAGAUAUAUGGAGUGAAAGAAGCAAUUGUUGUAGAAAUAAAGGUUGGCAAAAAUAGAAACAUUGCUACAUUUUUCUUUUGGGCCUUAUUAA